CACUCCAAAGCUAGCCUGGAAAGUGAGAGCAGCUUUGCCUACUUGCCCUGGUUGACCAGAAGACCGACCUCAGCUGAGGGGGCUAAUGAUCAAGAGCCACACAAUAAGAGACCCUUGCCCAGGACUGUGGGAUGUGGAUGCCAGCUAGUCAUGUUGAUGACCUCAGGAACCCAGUGUUCCCAUCAGGAAAGGAGGUGGUUGGCUUGACUCCAGUUCUCAAGUAUCCAAGAUACUGACCACUGAAAGAUUAGGCUGGACAAAGACAGCCAGACAUUUUUACGAUCUGGAACCACCAGCAGGACAGCUUUCCUUCAGAAUGGAGUCUUCUGGACUUUUGAGCAUCUUGGUGCUAUCCCUCCUUCUAGUGAAUGUCCAGGGACCUGCUCUCACUGACUGGUUCUUUCCCCAGAGAUGCCCCAGAAUCCAGGGUAAUUGUCAAUUCAAAGAAAGGGAUGAAUGUUCGAAGAACAAAAAGUGCCUGAAGCAUGAGAAGUGUUGCUUCUUCAGCUGCGGAAGAAAAUGCUUAAACCUCCAACAAGACAUAUGCAGUAUGCCCAAAGAAGCUGGCCCCUGCAUGGCUCUUUUCCAUCGUUGGUGGUAUGAUAAGACAAAUAAUACUUGCUCCAGCUUCAUCUAUGGCGGCUGUAAAGGAAACAAUAACAACUUCCAAUCCCAAGCUGUAUGCCAGAGUGCCUGCUCCGCAAAGGGGCAGUGUCCCCGAAACAGGGUAAGAUGUGAAAUACAAGAAAGAGACCUAUGUAUGAACAGCAGAGAUUGCCCAAAGAAGAUGAAAUGUUGCAUGUUUAGCUGUGGAAAGAAAUGUUUAGAUAUCAGCAAAGAUGUGUGCACUUUGCCAAAGGUUCCUGGCCCCUGCAACGCCUUCUUUGUGCGCUGGUGGUAUGAUGAGCAAAAAGAAAUCUGCUCCUCAUUUAUCUAUGGAGGUUGCCAAGGGAAUAAUAACAACUUCCAAUCUGAAGGUGUCUGCCGUGCUAUCUGCCCCCGGAGAAGUCGAAUCUCAGUUGCGAAGACCUUGGAGGUUCCCUUGAGGAGCCCAUGAUUUGCUGACGUCCUUUCCUCCAGCUCAUCUACUCUUCAAACAUAAUGCCCUUCGCCCUUUGAACCCUUCUCAGCAUGUGACUCUAUUUCUUCAACUUUCAGGGCCCCCAUUUACCUUUUGGAAACCUCC